AUGGCUCAGUCUUUUCUUUCCACUUGGAAUGUCCAGCAGCCCACUAAGAUAGAAGUCACUCUAGCUUCAGCCGCUAUACUCCUUCUCUACCUCAUCCAGCGCAUACUAAACACCCUGUAUCUCACGUCCUUCCACCCACUCUCCCAAUUCCCAGGUCCGCCCAAAGCUGCUCGUUCUCGUUCAUACAUUUAUACAAUCACGGGCGAUCACCCCGAAGAAACACUCGAAAAACUUCAUGAGAAAUAUCAAACGCAAGCAUUGCGUAUCGGACCCAAUGAACUCCACAUCACAGAUAUCACACAAUACAAGGUCAUCUACAGCCAGACACAGCCAUUCCCCAAGGAUAAAGAGUUCUACGAUGCGUUCAACACCCCACACACAGUAGUAACAGAGACAGAGAUAGAACUGCACAAGGAGCAUCGUCGCAUUCUCAAUCCCUUAUUCUCACGGGCGGAAUCCUUCAAACUUGAGCCUCUCAUACAUGAGAAGGUUGCAGUUCUGCUGGGGCAGAUCAACAAAUUGAAGGGUGUUCAGAAUAUCAAUAUAUACAAUGCUUUCCGAUGUCUCACAACAGAAAUCGUCAUGGAAUUUGUCUUUGCCAAACCAGAAAAUCUGUUGGAUGACGACAACAAUGAGUUUGAGUCCUGGUUUCAAGCUGCAUUCGAUGCCGCAGCCGAAAGUUUCUGGCUCAUGGAGGAACGACCGUGGCUAUGGAAAAUGUCCAAUUAUCUUCCUCUCAGCUUUGUAGAGCUAGUCAAACCAGAGGCCGCCAAUGUGUUCAAACUGCUCCAAUACGCUGAGACCUGUCUCCAACACUACGAGAAGAACGGCAAUACAACUUCUCAUCCAGUGUUAUUUGAUCACCUAUCUACCCUACCCCAUCAGAUAAAAGUUGCAGAGGCAUUGAUCAUUCUAGUCGCCGGCUCUGAUACCACAGCUUCCACACUGACAAGCGGACUGCUUCACAUACUCUCCAACCCACUUAUCUGCGAUAGACUGACCCAGGAAUUGAGUGACGCAGACCCAUCAUUCCAGAUGUUGAAUUUGGAGAAAGUAAAGUAUCUGACGGCUUGCGUCAAAGAAUCACUCCGGAUAGGAAUGGCAGUCCCAGGCCGUUUGCCGAGAGUUGUACCACAAGAUCUUUCCCAGCCCUUCAUUGUCGAUGGGAAAGUGAUUCCGCCGGGUACCGUCGUCUCAAUGUCAGCAUAUACAAUGCACACCAGCGAAGAAAUAUGGGGGGUAGAUGCGCGAAGCUUCAACCCAGAUCGAUGGUUGACCCCCGAGGCAAAGUCCCUCGAGCAGUAUAUGUGCGCAUUUUCCAAAGGAACUAGAAUGUGUCUUGGGCAGAAUUUGGCUCUUGCUGAGGUUACCAUUAUCAUGGCUUAUAUGUUCCGGUCGUUUAAAAUGAGUUUGUUGCCGGACGCUGAGCCGCCCCGAAGAAAAGACUUGUUUACCAUGGGAUAUGAGAAACCUGGUCUGUCAUUGAAGUUUAUGGAUAUGGGAAACAAGACAGAAUAG